AUGGCGGUGCGUGAACGCGCGGCGGCAGCAAUGGCCGCUCUGGAGCGGCGGGUGCCGAGUCUCGAUGACUUCGCGGGACAGAGCUGGAGCUCGUGGGUGGAGCGGGCCGAGCUGCCCGCGGGCGACGGAGCUGAGCUGGAGGAAAGCAGCAAAAGCGCUAAGAAGCUGGAUGCCAUGACCCUCAUUAAAGAAGACAUGUCCAUCUUCGGGCACUGCCCUGCCCAUGAUGACUUCUAUUUGGUCGUGUGCAACCACUGCAGCCAGGUGGUGAAGCCUCAAGCUUUCCAGAAGCACUGCGAAAGAAGACAUGGGUCCCUCAGCAAGCUCUAUGCCCGGGCCCCACCCCCACCUCCAGCCCCCGCCAGCUCUCAGAAAUGCCAUGUAGUGAAUGGACAGGGCCCGGCUGGCAGGGCCCCAGGUUCCUCCAAAACCUCCUCCAGGGAGAAGGGCCAGGGGUCCCGGAGCCGCGGCCACCAGCCUCCUGAGAAGUCCCAGAAGGACAGCCUCUGCCUUUUCGUGCCUGUGGUGAAUCUGGAGAAGAUGUCCAGUCUCCCGAAGCCUGAUGGACAUGGAAUCAGGGCGGCCCCGCCCUCUGCUUUCCUCAGCCAGGCAGGCGGCCUCACCAAGGACUCCCCAGGGAAGCCCCCGACAGCAACCCCCUCCAAAGAACCUCCUGGAAGAGACGGCAUCGAGAUAGUUCCCAGUGAGGGCUCUGGACAUCGGGCUGAAGGCAGCCCCCCUGAGGAGUCUGGCGGGGCGCGGCUGCCACCCAAAACCCACCGGAAGAUGGCGCGGAAGGAGUGUGACCUCAACAGGCAGUGUGGGGUGAUAAAUCCAGAGACCAAAAAGAUCUGUACCCGCCUGCUGACCUGCAAGAUCCACUCAGUACACCAGCGUCGGGAGGUCCAGGGCCGGGCCAAGGACUUCGAUGUGCUUGUGGCAGAACUGAAGGCCAGCUCCCGUAGAGGGGAGUCUCCCAAGGAGAAGAGCCCCGGGCGCAAGGAGCCAGCUGUCGAGCGCCCUGCCCAGGAGCCCCCGGCCCCAGUGCAGGUGGGGGUAGCAGUGGCGAUGGUGGCGGCUGCCCCCAGCAGCAACUUCUCUGCUUGCGCCAAGCAGACCUACCCGUACUGUGCACUGCCCCGGUCCCAGGCCUCCUCUGAGAGUGAGGUGGAUGAUGAAGGCCCCUGUGGUGGUGGUGAUGGGGACCCAGGCCUGUUUCCCUUCCCCCUGCCCCGGGGUGGGGCUCAGGCCUCCAGCGAGGAAAGUGAGGAGGAGGGGACUUCUGAGGACCUUCACCUCCCCGCUGAGUGCCAUUAUACAAGCCGGCCUCCUCGGCCACAGGCGUUCUGCACCUUCGGGAGCCGGCUGGUGAGUCCCGGAUGCUAUGUGUUUAGCCGCCGGCUGGACCGGUUCUGCUCAGCACUCAGCUCCAUGUUGGAACGGCACCUCAGCUCGCACAUGUGGAAGAAAAUCCCACCGGCAGCUGAACCUCCCUCCCACCUUGUCAGCUCCCCAUUAUCUGCUCCCCUGAGCCCACCCUCUGCAGGCAGCUGCCCCCGCCUUCCAGGCCUACCCCCCAGACCUGCGUGCCCAGCCUCCACACCCCCCACCAAGGACAGCCUCGUCCCCAGCUACCCUGCAGGCUCCCCCAGCGUGGCUGCUGCCUGCAGCCAGGCGGAGUGCAUGGGUGGGAGCCAAGCUAUCACCUCACCGCUGCCUGCCAACACGCCGUCCCCGUCCUUCAGCAAGCUGCCACCUUCCAAGGCCAGCAAGUCAUCCAAAGGCAAGGAUGGGGCUGAGGCAGAAGCCCCCUCGCGGAAGCGCAAGUUAUCUCCUGGCCCCACCACUUUCAAACGGACCUGCAUCCUGGAGCCCACUGGAAAAAGCAAACCUGCUGGCUGUAGGGGCCUCACAGCCAAGACCAAGACAGCCCUGGGUAUGGGGCUUAAUGGGACAGUGGGGCCACGAAUGAAACGGGCAGGGCCCCCGGACUGUCGGGGUUCCCCUCAUCAGCCCCCUACACCUGUCAAGGCCUCUCAGCUGGAGAACCGUGGAGUGGCUGGACACCCAGCCAAGGACCUGCCAACCAACUGCCUCUCCGAGGAGGAGGCAGCCAAGAAGCGCAAAAACCUGGCUACUUACUGCCGGCCGGUGAAGGCCAAGCACUGUCUGCCUGGCGCCCCUGGUGACGUGGCCUGCUCUGCACGCCGCAAGAAGCCGGGCCCAGCCCUGGCCUUCGAGGAGAAGUGCUCCACCCUGAAGGGCGUCAUGGAAGGACCCCCAGAGCUACACAGCUCAGGGUCCACAUAUGCGCAUGUGUAUCCACGUGCAGGCGCCCACCUCCAGUCAAAAGCCCAUUAACAAGAAAGUGCCUGCCCACUGCGAUGGAGCUGCCAGCACCUCCUCCCCUCCAGAUCCGGGCCCCAGGCUGCUGCCGCUUUUUAUAACUUUAUAUUAUUUUUUUUAAGAAAAAAAAAACCUCUUUAAAAUACCUCAAGACUGUCUCCCUGUUCUGUUGCUGCUAAGGAAAUAUACAAACAGAAACACAGAAGGAAGAAAGGAA